CCUUUUUUCUUAUUAUUUUUUUUUCUGCUGUGCUUUUUUGUCUUUUUCUUUUUAUUGUUGCUUCCAUUAUGUACUGUAUGCGUUAUUUUGUUCCAUUACUUUUAUUACCAUUUCCUGAUGCGCCACCUAUUUUUGUUAUUUUGUUUCUAAUUUCAUUCUUUUUACAUCAAAAACCAUGUAUCUAUUGUACCUUGUUAUUGAUCGCCUUAUUUUCUUCCACUUGUUAUUGGGGACAAGGAAGAUGUUGGAUUGAUUUACAGCAACCACAUUUAUUCGAAGUACGUCCAGAUUCAAAUGCAACGUUUGGACAAGGUGAAGGCUGGUGGAAUUGGAAAAUCACUUUACCUAUAGGCACUUUUUAGAUUUUAUAUAUAUACCAAAAAAAAAAAAAAGGGAAAGGAGAAAGAGGGGAUAUUAUGCGACCACACGUGUUUUUAUAUAUAUAUAUAAAUA